CAUGUUCCAGCACAGCAAUAAGAAAUGUUUCACCAUAGAGUCUCUGGUUGGGAAGGAGGCGAACAGCAGCGGCGGCUCAGGGGAUGAGCCCAUCCGGCCGACGGCGCUCAGGUUCCCGGACUCCCUGCACCCCGCCGGGCCCUUCGGCUCCUGCUUCCAGGGCAGCGGGAGGACUCUGUACUCCGGGCCGGACAUGGUGCUGCAGGAGCCGGGCACGCACACGCAGAGCCCCGCCGCCCUGCCGCUGCACCCGCUGCAGAUUCCGCCGCAGAGCUUCUUCAGCCCGCAGCACCGGGAGGCGCUCAGCUUUUACCCGUGGGUGCUCCGCAACAGAUACCUGGGCCACCGCUUCCAAGGUGAGGACAGCAGCCCGGAGAACCUGCUGCUGCACGGCCCGUUCUCCAGGAAGCCCAAGCGGAUCCGGACGGCGUUCUCGCCCUCGCAGCUCCUCCGGCUGGAACGGGCCUUCGAGAAAAACCACUACGUCGUCGGAGCCGAGAGGAAGCAGCUGGCCAGCGGGCUCUGCCUGACCGAGACGCAGGUGAAGGUCUGGUUCCAGAACCGCAGAACCAAACACAAGCGGCAGAAGCUGGAGGAGGAGUCGCCCGAAGCCCAGCAGAAGAGGAAGGGCAGCCAGCACGUCAACCGCUGGAGGGUGGCCACGCAGCAGGGCAGCCCCGACCACAUCGACGUCCUGUCCGAGGACUAGACUGUGCACCG